UGUGGGUGGGUGUAGGAUCUGGGAUUAGCUGUAGCCGCAGGUAAUAGCCAAACAUUGGAAGACUCUCGGCAACACACGGCUGAGUUUUCCAAAAAAAAAAAAAGAAAGAAAAAAAGCGGAGACUACGCGAACGAACUGGAGUCGUGUCGUUCGGUCGAGGCAGCCGACUUCAGGUGUGCAGAGCCUCGUUCUCUCGGUGAGGUGAAGUCUCCAGGGAGUCUGUGGGCGGCCGGACUCCGAGUCUUUCCUCUCUGUGUUCGAAGGCGCGAGUAGAAGUUUUCCUCCGUCAAAGACUUCCGUGGUUGGCUCGCCGAACGAGUCACCUGGAUACAGAAGACGGCCGCAAGUGUUUCCUCUUAUGCGGCAAGUGGACGCUUUGUCCCAGGCAUUUUGAGCCAUGCCUGGCCACAGCUCAGGGGCUCCGCAGGCAUCCCGCCACCACAAACACCACGGCUCCACCUCCAGAGCAGACAAGUACAGACAGACUCGGACUAUCUCCAGGGAGAGCAGCCAGGAGUCCUACAAGGAUUCUCAUGGGGAGCACCGCGCUGACCACUCCCGGUAUUCAGAGAACAAGUAUGGUCGCAGCAGAGGCCAGCCGCGCAAUGGCACGGGCCGGAGCUCGCAGACGAUUGGGUUUAUUCCUGGCUCGGCGGACAGCACGCCCACCAGCAGACAUGCCUGCGGCUCCUGCGCCUCCAUGGGCUGGAGUGGUUGUAAGGCUCUUAUCUGCUGUGUACUGACCUGUGGAUUUUAUGGCAGCAGGGAGCCCUGCCUGCCUGUUAACGAGAGCUCCACAGACCACCCCCCUAAAGCAGGCAGCGAGCCUCCUAAUGGCAUGGCCGUGACCAGCCCCACCUGUGGCAUCCCUCUGGAGCCCAGCAAGUCCACCAAAGCUUCCAAGCUGCCAACAAGCGACAGCUUCCGCUAUCCUGAUGUGCGGAUCGCGGGUCAGACAGUGAGGUAUCCGGUUGCCGCCCCAAAACGGACCCGUACGCCUGGCAAAGGGGAAAGCCAGCGGCCCGUGAGCAACACCAGCCUGUUAUCCCGGGAGGACUAUGACUUGGAUGACCUGAGCGACACGGGCACAGACAUUGACUCUCUCAUCACCAAGAAGCUGCUGGAGCUCUACGCCCUGCACCAGAUCGACCAGCUGGCCAAGUGCACUUCCGACUCCUCGUUCUCCCGCAAGACCAACGAGAUCAGCGAGCUCAUCUACAGCAUCGCUCAGGACUACAACCUGGAGGAGCAGGAGGCCGAGUGCAAGCUGGUGCACGGCGUCAUCCGCAUCAGUACGAGGAAGAGCAAGAGGAACAAGAGCCACCAGCCGGCGGGGCAGCGUCCGAACGGGAGGAGCGACGGGACCCUCCCUGACAGCGGCAACGAGACCAUGACCAACACGUUCAUGAGCAGUGACUUUCCAGAGGUGAAAGUGUCAGAGCAGACGCCAUCGGACGAGCUGGCGAGGAAGAUGAGACAUUACAGCGGGAGAACGUACUCCUCCAGCAACACCACGGCCUACUCAGCCUGGCACCAUGACACCGAAACAGACUCUUCAGGUGCUCCUCUGCUUCUCUGAAGGCCAACACCAAGACAAAAGUACAUACAAAGUGAUGUAGCCAACUAGAUGGACAAAUUUCUCCUUGUGCUAUGAUUUUUUUUGUUUUGUUUUGUUUUGCUGUUACGGACUGGAGCGCCUUUUACCCUGAGUGGUUGUGCUCUUUGUUUUCUUUUUCUUUUUUUUGCUUUUGGAGUGUCAUUUUAAAAUUCAUGGACUGUUUAUCUUUGAAGCAAAUGCACCAAUGAAACACAAACCUUUUUUUCUUACGCAGGGAGAGAAUGCACGUUCUUAUGUAUUUGUGUGCAGUGUUUAACGUUACUACACUCCAUGCAAUCUCAGCAGUGAGGCCAGAGGAUUGACUCUGAUGGUAGAACACAACCGUCCUCAUUCUUGUUCCUGUGCGACUGUUUAUGCAAGCCAUUGUACAUGCUCUGUGUGGGUUUACUGACUCCUGCCAUUUAAGCAUGUUUUGACCUGAAGACUGCGUUGUUAAGCCAUAUUUUGAUGUACAUAUGUUUGCGUCGAUGUUCCUUUCUGGGUUGUUAAACCAUUUGUGGCCACAGUUUUUUAUUCACGGGUAAGUCCUAUUUUUAACAAAAUAAAAGUCCCCAUGCUUGUUUAU